UUCAUAUACUUACGCGCUUCCCCUCUAUUAUAUAUAUAUAUACGCGCGCGCACAACACUAUCUCUCUGUAUCUCCCAACUCUCUCUCUCUCUCGAUAUUGAUCGGCCGUUCCUUUUCCUGCGAUGAAGAAGCUGAUCCGACGGCUUUCGCGAGUGGCGGACUCGGCCCACUACUCUCUCCUCCGAUCCGACUCUGUGCGUUUCGGAAAGCGGUGGCGGUCCAGAAUGCGAUCCGGCUGCUCCGUGCCGGAGGGCCACCUGCCGGUCUACGUUGGCGAAGAGAUGGAACGGUUCGUUGUGAGCGCGCAGCUGUUGAAUCACCCGAUCUUCGUGAAGCUGCUUAACAAGUCGGCUCAGGAGUACGGUUACGGCCAGAAAGGCGCGCUUCGCAUCGCCUGCCAUGUCCUCGUCUUCGAGCGAGUCCUCGAAGCAUUGCGCGUCGGCGACCAGUCCAUACAAGAGCUGCUCGGCUCCUUGUCCGACGAUUUUUUCUAGGUUCUGAACCUUUUCAUCAUUUUCUUUUUGAUUUUGUUUCUCAGUUUUUCCUCUCGCUGUCGUUGCUCAGUGAGAUUGGAGUAGAUCUGAGUCGUAAGAUCUAGAUCGUUUUACUCCUGUAUAUAUAAUACACUGCGAUCAAUAGCAAGCUGAAGGAGUCAAGUUAGAGUCCUUUGGAAGUAUUUUGCAUUGAUGUAAAAAGGUUUAAUACUCUCAUCAAUGAAAACGCCUCUUUUAUGUUCAA